AUGCAGUCCAACGCACCGCCUGCACCGCUGGUCGGUCGCCGCGAUUCCGCCAAAGCGUCCGACAGCCUACGUGCAAGCCCCGCAUCCAACGUGAAUGGCCCAGACCCUCGCCCUAAACUCCAGGGUCACCAAAAACUCAUCUUCACUGACCCGGUUGCCCUCCGAUACCUCGAAGAAGACCCCUCAACGGAUGUGCUACACCGCCGCGAGACCCUGCAGGGCUAUGAAAUCUACAUUGUGGAACAAUGGGCGUGCUCGCGCCAACAUCCUACGUUUGUCAUCUCGACCUACACUGGGGAUCCGUCACAUACAGUCGUCGUGGGUGUGCUCAGUGUCCCGACAGACGAGUCGACAUGGUCACCUCGGUUGCGGAUGUACUUUGAUGCCGUGGAGCAGUCCUGUGCGCGGAGGAAGGAUACCCCGUUCGGGGCGAUCAUGGUUACGGACCUGGGAACAUUCCCGUCGGCCCUGACUAUCAUUCCAGUACCCGAGGGUGACAUCAAAAAACAUCGAGAUGAUUUUAUUGUCAACGAGGACUUGAAACGGCUCGGGUGCGCUGGUCGCGCGGGCCUAAAGCUGCAGUACCCGUCUGCAGCGACAGAAGCCAAGUUUCACCAGCUGUACCGUACGAGUGACCGGGUUCCACUGUAUACUGCGGUGACGGAGCUGGUCAAGCAGUGCCAAAUCGCGUUGAUGGUGUUUGACAAGCUGGCCCCAGAGUAUGUGGACGGUCUACUAUGUGACGUGACGGAAAAGGCUAUCAGCGACUGGUGGGCGGAUAUCGGGACCGACCUGUACAACAUUGAACCAAGUGAUGGCAUUUUAGGACCGACUAGUGUCGCAGCAUUGCUGGGGACACUUUUGGGAGCACGCAAUCGACUACAUGCUUCCGGCGCACCUGUGGGAAAGGAUGCCUUUGACAUCGAUAAUCUUAAGAGGGGUAUCGGUGGAUUUCAAAAGGCACAGAAGAUGAACCGGUCGCGACGGUUGGACCGGCGGACUCUGGACAGACUACACCGUGCUACUACCAAGGCUGCAAAUGCUGAAGGCUGGACGGAUGCGAUCAAGUCGACCAUGACGGAACUCAGUGGACAAGGUGGUGAAAUGGUCAUGGGCAUGGUUCGCGGCCGCGAAAAAGGCGGAAUCGCUGAUAUCGAGACCCUCGAUCUGGAUAACUUUGUCCAGUGCGUCUACGGUUCCAGGGCGAAAUGGCUGUGGCUCGGGAAGACACGCAAGAGCGGGCUAGACACUACCUUUGCGCCUGGCUCUGGCACGGAUAUGAUGUUUACGGCUGAUGAUCAAGGUGGGUAUGUCUGGACGAGUCGAAAGAAGCACUCUACGGAGGAGCUACACGCAGAGCGUGUGGCUUCUGGGCUCGAUCGACAAUGGAAAACGCCAGACUCGUUGGUCACGGAAGAAAAAGACCAUCGCAAAAAGGGAGUCAGCGGGAGAGUGUCAGAUGCCCGGGCUGGUCUGGGUCGGUUUAAGGAUGCAGUCGGGCUACCGGGCUUACGUUCACAUCACCACAAACAUUCCCGCGAGGGAGUCGAUUUGACCCAUGACAUCGCCUAUCAGCCCCAGAUCGACAGCGAUACAGAGAUACCCACCAAACCCAAGACUGGCCCCAGACGCUCGGAAACGAAGGUUGACGAGGAAUUUGCAACUCAACCAGAGGACGAGCAGGAUGUUCAACCUUCCACCACGGCCGAACCUAGCACAGAGAUCAAAACUCCCGAAAUUCACGUCGAGGCUGCCCCGUCUCCAGAUGACGCAGAGGAGCAGUCGGAGCGAGUAGACCAAUUAUCGGACCUGCAACCGAUUCCAACGAUAGACGAGGAAUCGGAAAUAGAGCGGGUCAGGUCCCGGUCUACGGCUGCAUCCAGCGAGCGAGGGCAAGACAGAGAUGACUCCAGCACGAACCUGGCUAUGAUGGCCCUUCGACGUCCACAAAGCUGCGAAGAACUUCGAGCUAUUGACAACGAAGACCAACGACGGGAUGAUUGUUGCCCGCGGCACCUGUCCUUUAGCAAUGUCGAAGAAGUUGUACUCACCUGGGAUCCGCUGGGCACGCAACCGACGAUCAAAGACACGACGAACCUCGAAGAAGCCAUUGUCCAAGAAGACAUGCUUGCAUCAGACGCGCGGAUUUUCAGCACACGAAUACUGGAUCUUAGCGAACAUACCGUGCCUUGGGUUGAGCGGCAGGUAGAUUCCGUCGAUGGUCUGAAUAACAUCCUGUACGAGCGGCACGAAGAGCUCAACGCCGUGUACCUGGAACGAUUCAAUGUUUACCAGCGCCUGCGCGAGCGAUCCAGCGAUCUCGUCACGGAUGAACACUCCCACUUGAACGACAGCGUGAAGCGCGUGGAACUGCUAGGCGCCAAGCUGGACUACGAGCUACACGUCCUCGAGUCCAAAGUCGAGGAUAUGGAAGAAGGACUAGGUGAUUUCGAGCGCCAUAUUGUCAAUGUGGAAACCCGGGUUAAAGGCCUACUGCAGGGCGAGGAAGAAAAUGGUGUUUCCUGGAUGACUUGGCUGCGACGGUCGAUCGGGUUUACGGCGCAGUGA